AUGAACGGUGGGGUGUGCCUGUCGCUGAUGGCCGCCCUGGCCGCCUGCGCCCUGGCGCAGCCGGUGCCCCGGGCAGAGGCUGCGGAUUCCCGGGCUCCGAGGCCCAGGAGGCCGCGCGGAGAGCGCUGAGGGCCGCGCCCCAGGAUGGAGAGUGAGCCCCGGGCGCGCCUGGGAGCCCUGCUGGCCCGCUACGUGCAGCAGGCCCGGCGAGCGCCUGCAGGCAGAGCCUCGCUCCUCAAACACCUGCAGAGCCUGGGCCCCAGCCACAGGAUUGCAGACCGAGACUACAUGGGCUGGAUGGACUUCGGCCGGCGAAGCGCCGAGGACUAUGACUACGCCUCCUAGA